GCGGGGUUCUGGCAAAUUCCCCAGCCGGCUCGCUGAUCUCGGAGCAGGGGCCACCCGGGCCAGAUUGGCGACGAUUACGAUAAUGAUCCGGCUCGGACCAGGGCGUGCCUCCCAAUGAGAAAAGCCAGUCUCACGCCCAUCCCCGCGUGCAAGACCGCAAUCGCUCGAGCCCCUCCGAGCCAGCGUUUAUCUCCCGGCGGCCCUCCGUCCUCUCCCAUCGCAUCCUCGUUUGCUUUUUCUUCUCCAAAACACUUUCCUGUACACCUAUUCCCCUACCCUGUUCUCUGGCUAACUUUAAACCACUUGCAAAAAUGUCGACUCUCUCCAAGAUCGCUCCCCGUGCCGCAAAGGCCUCCAAGACGGCCAAGACUGCUGUCCGCAACUACUCUGGCCACAAGGAGAUUCUGUUCGGUAUUGAGGGCCGCAACAAGCUGCUUGUCGGUGUCGAGACGCUGGCCAAGGCUGUCGCUGUCACUCUCGGCCCCAAGGGCCGCAACGUGCUGAUCGAGCAGCCGUUCGGCGCUCCCAAGAUCACCAAGGACGGUGUCACUGUCGCCAAGAGCAUCACGCUCGAGGACAAGUUUGAGAACCUGGGUGCUCGUCUGGUCCAGGACGUCGCUAACAAGGCUAACGAGGAGGCUGGUGACGGCACCACCACCGCCACUGUCCUUGCCCGCGGCAUUUUCAGCGAGGGUGUGAAGAACGUUGCUGCUGGCUGCAACCCGCAGGAUCUGCGUCGCGGCGUGCAGCUGGCGGUCGAGAAGGUCGUCGAGUUCCUGAAGAGCCACUCGAAGCCGAUCACGACCACCCAGGAGAUUGCCCAGGUGGCCACGAUCUCGGCCAACGGCGACCACCACAUCGGCGAGCUGAUCUCGCGCGCCAUGGAGAAGGUGGGCAAGGAGGGCGCCAUCACGGUGAAGGAGGGCAAGACGAUCGCGGACGAGCUUGAGAUCACCGAGGGCAUGCGGUUCGACCGCGGCUACAUCUCGCCGUACUUCAUCACCGACACCAAGACGCAGAAGGUCGAGUUCGAGAACCCGAUCAUCCUGCUGUCGGAGAAGAAGAUCUCGCUGGUGCAGGACAUCCUGCCGGCCCUCGAGACCGCCGCCAAGCAGCGCCGCCCGCUGCUGAUCAUCGCCGAGGACGUCGAUGGUGAGGCCCUGGCCGCCUGCAUCCUCAACAAGCUCCGCGGCCAGCUGCAGGUGUGCGCUGUCAAGGCGCCGGGCUUCGGUGACAACCGCAAGUCGAUCCUGGGCGACCUGGCCAUCCUGACCGACGGUUCGGUGUUCUCGGAGGAGCUCGACAUCAAGCUGGAGAACGCCAGCUCCGAGAUGUUUGGCGCCACCGGUGCUGUCACGGUGACCAAGGAGGACACGUUCAUUCUUAACGGCGCCGGCGACAAGGAGCGCAUCAACCAGCGCUGCGAGCAGAUCCGCUCGGCCAUGAACGAUGCCAGCGUCUCCGAGUACGAGAAGGAGAAGCUGCAGGAGCGCCUGGCCAAGCUGUCGGGUGGUGUGGCUGUGAUCCGUGUUGGCGGUGCCUCGGAGGUCGAGGUCGGCGAGAAGAAGGACCGCUUCGUCGAUGCCCUGAACGCCACGCGCGCAGCCGUCGAGGAGGGUAUCCUGCCGGGUGGCGGCACUGCGCUGCUCAAGGCGUCGCUCGAGCUCGACUCGCUCAAGGCCGACAACUUUGACCAGAACCUUGGCAUCAACAUUGUGCGCGAGGCCAUCCGCCGCCCUGCCCGCACCAUCGCCGAUAACGCCGGCCUCGAGGGUGCCGUCAUCGUUGGCAAGAUCCUUGAGCACGACGUGGCCGAGUUCAACUACGGCUUCGAUGCUGCCAAGGGCGAGUACACUGACAUGAUCAAGAGCGGCAUUCUGGAUCCGCUCAAGGUCGUCCGCACUGCCCUGCUUGACGCCUCGGGUGUGUCGUCGCUGCUGACCACCUCCGAGUGCAUGAUCGUCGAUGCUCCUCAGCCUCCUGCUGCUGCUCCUCCGAUGGGCGGCAUGGGCGGCAUGGGCGGCAUGGGUGGCAUGAUGUAAAAGGGGACACUAGUCUAGCAUCUUGCUAUCUCUCUUGCACGCGCUGAAUCCUCCCAAAAAGUUUCUGGUUUCUGUCUACACGUUUUCUUCGAAUAUAAAUUCUCGCUCCAAACCAGCACCAAAGAAUGGCCAGAUGA